CAUAACCGUACUCAUAUUUUUCCCCUCUCUUUUUAGGAUCAUGGCUGCUGUUCCUCAAAAUAAUCUACAGGAACAACUGGAGCGUCAUUCAGCCAGAAAACUUAACAAUAAGUUAAAUCUUUCAAAACCAAAAUCUUCCGGUUUCACUUUUAAAAAGAAAGUAUCUUCAGCCAACAGUGUGUCUGUGACUAGUGUGUCAGUAGCAAAAACACCUGUGUUAAAUGAUAAAGAUGUUAAUGUUGCUGAGGAUUUUUCCUUCAGCGAAACUUUUCCCCACACCACAAAUCAGCAGACAAGCAUCCAUGACUCUAAAAACGCUGCUGCAGGACAGCAAACCAAGAGAGUUGGUUCAAAACCAUCAUUGCUGGAUUCGGUGCAGAUUCUACAGGACGUUUUACGUACUACCCAGAGCACACGGCUUACAAAGGAGUCCCGUGAUGCCAUUUUCAAGAAAUUAGAAUAUAGUUCUUCAUCAGAUUCUUUUAUGACCAUCAAUGAUUGGGAUGAUAUGGAUGACUUUGAUACCUCUGGAAAUUCAAAAGCGUUUGCUACACCCUACAAAAAUCACCAUGUAAUAAUAAGCACUGCUCAGAAAUCAAAAAAGUCCAAGAGAAGCUUUUUUAAAGCGCAGAUUCCUAAAGAAAAUACACUGAAAGCUGAUUUGACUCCCUCCUCUGAAUGCAAGCAAGUAUGUUCGACUAAGGGACAGAAGGCUGGCUCUGAAUGGUUAAGUAGCGACGUGAUUUACAUUGAUGAUGGCCCCAACUCCGAAGAGCUUACGAAUGAAGAUACUCAGGGUAGUCACUCUUUAAAAACUCAUUUGGGAGAGGAAAGAGAUAAUGGUGAAAAGGAAAAAAACUUGAAAAAACCUGAAUUACAUUCUGUUGAGAAAUCUCCAUGUGUUGAGCUUGAUGACGACGACAUAGAUUUUAUUCCACCUUCUCCAGAAGAAAUAACAACUUCUGCCUCUUCUUCCUCUUUAAAAUGCUUUAGCGUGUUAAAGGAGCUUGACACCUGUGACAGAAAGAAGGCUGCCCUAAGCUCACCAGAGGACUUGUCAGAACGUGAGAAAAUGCCUGCUCGGCAGUCUAACCAAGAAAUCGGCACCGGCUGUGACGGUACAAAAACUAGACAGAUAAGUUGGCAGCAGCGGCUUAUUGGAGUGAUGGACCACAUCUGUAACUUAGUCGAUACUAUUCCUGAUGAUGAACUGAAAGCUUUGGGCUGUGGGAAUGACCUGCAUCAGCAGCGGGACAUAAGAAGGAAACUCUUAGCUGAAGCAGAUUUUAACCGAAGUGAUGCCAGUGUUCUUGGCUUGGCGUGGAGGUGCAGGCCGGGCGCACUCGGGGACCCCACAGAGGAUACAGCAUCUGUUUCCUUGCCUUAUACAUUUCCAAAGGGUGAUUCCCGCCCUACAGGGAGUUCUGAGGAGUUAAAUUUUCCACCCAUUCCCUCAAAUUCCAUUUCUUCUGGGGAAUCUUUAGUGACUACUACCCCAGGAAAGACGGGAUUCUCGGUCACCAAGAAGAAUCUCUUUGAAAGACCAUUAUUCAAUUCCCAUUUACAGAAGUCCUUUGUAAGUAGCAAUUGGGCUGAAACACCAAGGAUGGAAAAAAGAAACGAAAGCUCGCAUUUUCCAGGAAAUGUUCUUACAAGUACUGCUGUGAAAGGUCAGAAUAAACUUACUGCCUCAACAGAUGACUUAGGAGAAAUCCAGGCUGCCUGUGAGAUUGAUAAUUUUGACAUAGAUGACUUAGAUGAUGAUGAUGAGUGGGAAAUUAUAAUGCAUGACUUAGCCAUGAGCAAACCCUCCACAGCUGCCUAUCAGCCUAUUAAGGAAGGUCGGUCGGUUAAAUCAGUAUCAGAAAUGAUUCCUUCGGCCAAGAAGGACUGUCUUCCUGUGGCAUCUACUGCUCAAAAUAAAAAUUCAGAGCCAAUUCAAAAAUGCCAGUUGAUGCAAAAUUUAGCAUCCAGAAAUCUGAAACACGAGCAUUUCCAAAGUCUUGAUUUUCCUCAUACAAAAGAAAUGAUGAAGAUUUUUCAUAAAAAGUUUGGCCUCCAUAAUUUCAGAACUAAUCAGCUAGAGGCGAUCAACGCUGCGCUGCUUGGUGAAGACUGUUUUAUCUUAAUGCCCACUGGAGGCGGUAAAAGUUUGUGUUACCAGCUCCCUGCCUGUGUUUCUCCCGGGGUCACUAUCGUCAUUUCUCCCUUGAGAUCACUUAUAGUAGACCAAGUCCAAAAGCUGACUUCAUUGGAUAUUCCAGCUACGUAUCUGACAGGCGAUAAGACUGACUCAGAAGCUACAAGUAUUUACCUCCAGUUAUCAAAAAAAGACCCAGUUAUAAAACUUCUGUACGUUACUCCCGAGAAGGUCUGUGCAAGUAACAGACUGAUUUCUACUCUGGAGAAUCUGUAUGAGAGGAAGCUCUUGGCACGCUUUGUUAUUGAUGAAGCACAUUGCGUCAGUCAGUGGGGACACGAUUUUCGUCAAGAUUACAAAAGAAUGAAUAUGCUUCGCCAGAAGUUCCCCUCUGUUCCGGUGAUGGCUCUUACUGCCACAGCUAACCCCAGGGUACAGAAGGACAUCCUCACUCAGCUGAAGAUUCUCAGACCUCAGGUGUUUACCAUGAGCUUUAACAGACAUAAUCUGAAAUACUAUGUGUUACCAAAAAAACCUAAAAAGGUGGCACUUGAUUGUUUAGAAUGGAUCAGAAAGCAUCACCCGCAUGAUUCAGGGAUAAUUUACUGCCUCUCCAGGCGAGAAUGUGACAGAAUGGCUGACACUUUACAGAAGGACGGGCUCCCUGCACUCGCUUACCACGCCGGCCUCAGUGAUUCCGCCAGAGAUGAAGUGCAACACAAGUGGAUCAACCAGGAUGGCUGUCAGGUUAUCUGUGCGACAAUUGCAUUUGGAAUGGGGAUUGACAAACCCGAUGUGCGAUUUGUGAUCCACGCGUCCCUCCCUAAGUCCGUGGAGGGCUACUACCAGGAAUCCGGCAGAGCUGGAAGAGAUGGGGAAGUAUCUCACUGCCUGCUUUUCUAUACCUACUAUGAUGUGACCAGACUGAAGAGACUCAUACUGAUGGAAAAAGAUGGAAACCGUCAUACAAGAGAGACUCACUUCAAUAAUCUGUACAGUAUGGUACAUUAUUGUGAAAAUAUAGCAGAAUGCAGGCGAACACAGCUUUUGGCUUACUUUGGUGAAAUUGGAUUUAAUCCUGAUUUUUGUAAGAAACAUCCAGAUGUUUCUUGUGAUAAUUGCUGUAAUACAAAGGAUUAUAAGACACGAGAUGUGACUGACGACGUAAAAAACAUUGUAAGAUUUGUUCAAGAACAUAGUUGGUCACAAGGAAUGGGAAACACAAAGCAUGCAGGCCCUUGUGGGAGAUUUACAAUGAACAUGCUGGUCGACAUUUUCUUGGGGACUAAGAGUGCAAAGGUUCAGUCGGGGAUAUUUGGAAAGGGGUCCGCGUAUUCACGACACAACGCUGAAAGGCUUUUUAAAAAGUUGAUACUUGACAAGAUCUUGGAUGAAGACCUACUUAUCAACGCCAUUGACCAACCCAUUGCCUAUGUGACGCCUGGAAGUAAAGCCCAAGCUUUACUAAAUGGGCAUUUAAAGGUAGACUUUAUGGAAACGGAAAAUUCCAGCCGUAUAAAAAAACAAAAAGCCUUAGUGACGAAGGUAUCUCAGAGAGAAGAGGUGGUUAAGAAAUGCCUUGGAGAACUCACAGAAGUCUGCAAAUCUCUGGGGAAAGUUUUUGGUGUCCAUUACUUUAAUAUCUUUAACACUGCCACUCUCAAGAAGCUCGCAGAAUCUUUAUCUUCUGAUCCUGAGGUUUUGCUUCAAAUUGAUGGUGUCACUGAAGACAAACUGGAAAAGUACGGUGCAGAAGUAAUUCCGAUAUUACAGAAAUUCUCCGAGUGGGCGUUGCCAGCCGAGGACAGCUCCCCACGGGUGAGCCCGUCCAGCAGCAGAGGCGCUGGGAGAGACGGCUCUGAGGACUUUGGCGAGGAGACACCCAUAUCUUCUCACUACUUCGCAAAUAAAACCAGAAAUGAAAGAAAGAGGAAGAGGGUGCCAGCCUGCUCGAGGUCGAAAAGAAGAAAAUCUGGUUUUGCUGAUUUCAAGGCAAAAGCGACUCCCUCUGUCCUCAGCAUGUAGGUGAGGCCUGGCAGGGUCGUGACCACCCCAUCAGUCUGGACGACUGCACCGUACAGCACAGUGUCACAGAAAUGCUUGCAGAAAAGGGAAACAAGUCCUUAGUAAAUUUCUGAAAGCUGUUGUGUUUUUCUUUUGCAGUUUUUGUAAUUCUUUUCCUUCUGAGUAAUAAAAAAACAAAAAAAUUGAGUUGGGGAAGAGGGGGGAAGGCAAAUGUUACCAAAUUGUCACUUUCUUGUUAAGUUCGUAAAUAAACAUCUUGUAUGUGCUAAUCCUUCUGCCAGGGUACAGAAAUUAGAGGCAUUAGUAAAUGUUAGUUUAAUUUUGUGGUUUUUAAUGCGCAAGUGACCAGCAGAUGUUCUUCAGUGGGGACAUUUUAUUUUCUUCAUUUAUUCCUCCGUUUUGGGAAAUACUUAUUUCCUCAGGAGCCCACACAGAGUAAGAGUCCUUAAAAGGCAUCUGGUCCAGCCCCCGGGGUUUAUGAUGAGGAAGCUGAGGACUCGCCUGGGGAAGGCUUCCACAAGGUCGUUCCAGCCUGGGCUCAGUUUCACAGGUAGCACUGGACACUGGCUCGCCUAUGGCUGCCCAGAGCACUUUCAUGUCUGCACGUAAUCCAUGGAGAGUCCUUAGAAAUGAUUAUGAUCUUCUCCUUUUUACUUGUUAGAACACAGCAAACCAUAUUUCCAUGCCCAUUGCCAUUGGCUUCCCUUACUCAGUUUCACAACUUUUGUUUACAAGAGUGAAACACUGCCCUGUGGCCCAGAACCUGAUCUAAUAAGAGGUAGCAAAGCUCACACUUGCCCAAAAGCCAGUCCCAAUUUUUAUGCUGGUUUUUAAUCAGCCUCUGUGUCUAUGAUGGGUUUCUUCUCUGGUCCCUACUGCCCAAAAACAGUAAGUUCUGUCACUUUCUUUUACCUUAGUAACGGCCUCUUUGUGUCUGUGCUUCAUUCUCAUUCCCACUGAUCUUCUCUGAAAGAUGCCCAGUUUCUACUCUGCUCACCUGUUAAGAGCCUCUGCACAGUGACAGAAUCAACGUGGCUCUUUGCCAGGGUCCUUAACUCUCCACCCUACCUUGGAGCUUUACCUCUUCAGAAUGACACACAGUGAAUGAGCUGUGUUCCCAAGUUGUGUUCCCAGCUCUCUGAGUGUGAUAAAAUGGAUGGCCUGGGUGAGAUGGAGGCUGCUGCUGGCAGAUUCCUUCUGUAAACCAACAUAAACAGCAGGUUUUUUGCUCUGGGCUUAAUAUCUCAGCAGGAAAUCUGCAUAGGGAAAUUCAGGGCUGCUUCUCUGCUGGUUUAGUACAACUUGGCCAGUUCUGUGGUAACACUGCCCUGGAGCAAGAGUUUAACAAUGUUGAAAAUCUACUCUUCACCUGGUCCCUCCGGAAUGUCAUUACCACAGACUGGUGGCCACUGAAUUCAGAGGUGGGAGGCUACUUGCCUGCCCCAAUGUAUGGGAUUCGUGUUGGGCAUGAAUGCAGCCUGGUUACAAAGCAGCAGGAAAUUCUUGUGUGAGAAAAAGCUUCUAUAGAGGUGCUGCUGGCCGUUAUCCUUGUAAAUAUGCGGCCCUGUGGUUUGGUUUUUGUUUUUUCAUGUUUCAUUUUGAGGGGAGAAAAAAAGAAUAGCUGUUAGCCUCAGGCCAGUGAGGGAACUAAGGGGCUGGAAGGACUUUGAACUGGGCUGUGGCACAGCUUCUUCCCUGGCUUUAGAGGCAGCGAGUGGGAGGUGCGAGCACACAGAUCUGGGAGUGCAGGCAGUCCAGCAAGCUGCUGGCGACGAUGUGGCGACGUGGCCGUGACAGAGACGUGCCAGACCCGAGCCACUCAGAGACCUCCCCAAGGAACCACAUCUGCAGCCCUCCCCUGGCUGGGGCCAGGCAGGAAGAGGCUCUGCUCCGCCCCAUCUCCACGCACCCAGCUACCUUCCUCUGGACUGUGCAACAUAGUAAUCGCAGGGUGUCUAUUGUCUGGGCAUUUGGGGCCUUAAAACAAGGUACCCUCACUCUCUAUUUGAUCGGAAUAGAUCUGGGAAUGUGGAUCUGGGUGGGCUCUGUUGUCCAGAGGGAGGGGGUCUGAUUAUCAGCUGUGAGAGGUGUGGGUGGAGGGAAGGCACCUGGUUUGGCCUCAUGUCUCAGAAUUCAGAAACAAUCUUUGACAUGUUAGGGAGACAAAUUUGUGUCAAAAGCAAGCUGUCCUUUCCUCCUUGGAUUGUAAAGGAAACUGACCUUCCCCAGGGGGUUUAUAGGCAGAGAGACGUGGAAGACCAAAGGGGUUAUAUAGCUCUUUAGAGAAAAAAGACUCUUCACUUCGGGUUUUAUUUAACAUUUCCAUGUUCUUUGUCAC